CAGAAGUGAGGCGAAGGGGCAAAGUAGAGAGAUUCUGGUGUUAUUAGGUCAUAUAUACACAGAGAGAAGAAGGGUCAAAAGAGAAAAAGAAGAGAACAGAAUAGGCGUUGAUAGACCGUGGAAUCUAAGAAUCACAAGGUUUUGGUGGGGGGGUUUUUCCUCUUUUGCACCAAUUCCCCUCCUUGACUCUCUUUUGCGUGUUUCCUGCGGUCUAUCUACCCUAAUCUGUAUCUUCCCUAUCUCCACUUUCUCUCUUUUUCUCUCCACCGAAUCCAGAUCCUUGGCUUUUCAAGUUGUUUUAUUUCUGGGUCUUCUUUUUUAAUUUUAUCAUUAGUUCUGCUGCUGUGCUGGUUUAGAUGUGAUAUACCCUUUUGGUUUUUCUUCCCGUAAAGUUCGUCUUUUUAUGAUUUUGAAGUGAGUGUUGUUCUGUUUGUUCUAGUGGGAAGUUGUGUGUUUUUUUUUUAUAGUGAUUUGUUUUAACCAUGGAUGAUGAGACUAGGGUUUCGGGUAAUGGAGUUAAUGGUUCAUCGUACUGGUUGGAUGCUUGUGAGGAUGUUCCUUGUGACAUCAUUGAUGAUUUUGUUGAUUUUGAUACUCCUAUUGUCCAAGAGGCUGUUGACAAUGUCUCUAAUCAGGAUUUCUUUGGAGACAUUGAGCAUAUCCUCGAUAGUAUCAAGAACGGUGGUGGACUUCCUCCUGUUGUCAAGGAGGAUAAUAGCUGUGUCAAAAAUGGAUUGAAAGAUUCCACUGGUGAAACUGGAGAUGAAUGGUUUCAAAAUGAGGCAUCAGGGGCUUCCAAUUCCAAGCAUCAAGUUGAAGGCUCAAUCCCCCUAGUUAAUGGUGUGGAAAAGCAUAAUGUUGAAAGGAAAUUGCGGGAUGAGAAUUCUGAUAACAAUAAUUCAUUGGAUCGUUCCACCAAGGAAAAUGGAGCUCUGAGGGAUGAGAAAUGGUGUGGUAGGGGAUCAAGGGAUAGGGAUUUGGAUAGUGAGCAGAGGUGCAGCAAAAGGGCCCGUUCUAAUGCUUACAACAAUGAGAGACAGCUGUCCGGUAGAGGGCAGUAUUACCCAAGGGAUAGGGAUAGAGAGAGGUCUUCUAGUAGAAAAAGACUGCGUGAUUGGGAUGAGAUUGAUAGGUCGGAUAGGGAUCACAAUAGGAGAAGAGAACACUAUGGUGGUGGUAGGAGGGAUGGUAGGGAUAGAGAACCCAGAGGUUAUUGGGAGAGGGAUCGGUCAGGGUCCAAUGAGAUGGUUUUCAGGUUAGGUGCUUGGGAAGCAGACCGUUACAGAGAAGGGAAGGUGGCUAAUGACAGGAAUCAGGAAUGCAAUGGAAAGGCAGAGAAGAAAGCUGAACAGCCUAAAGAAAAAUUCUUGGAGGAGCAAGCUCGGCAAUACCAGUUGGAUGUUCUUGAACAAGCAAAGAAGAGAAAUACUAUUGCUUUUCUUGAAACUGGGGCAGGGAAGACCUUAAUUGCUGUUCUCCUGAUGAAGAGCGUUUGCAGUGAUUUGCAGAAGCAAAACAAGAAAAUGCUUGCUGUAUUUUUGGUUCCUAAAGUUCCACUUGUAUACCAGCAAGCUGAAGUUAUUCGAGAGCGAACUGGUUUCCAAGUGGGCCAUUAUUGUGGUGAGAUGGGCCAGGAUUUCUGGGAUGCAAGGAGGUGGCAACGUGAGUUUGAAACAAAACAGGUGUUGGUGAUGACAGCUCAAAUUCUGUUGAACAUUUUGAGGCAUAGUAUUAUUAGGAUGGAAGCAAUUAAUCUCCUUAUCCUGGAUGAGUGUCAUCAUGCUGUAAAGAAACAUCCAUAUUCUUUGGUGAUGUCUGAGUUUUAUCACACAACACCAAAGGAGAAGAGACCAUCUGUUUUCGGAAUGACUGCUUCCCCUGUUAACUUGAAAGGUGUCUCAAGUCAAGUUGAUUGUGCAAUAAAGAUUCGUAAUCUUGAAAGUAAAUUAGAUUCUAUUGUCUGUACAAUUAAAGACCGCAAGGAGCUUGAGAAACAUGUACCAAUGCCUUCAGAAGUGGUGGUUGAGUAUGAUAAAGCAGCCAGCUUAUGGUAUCUUCAUGAGCAGAUAAAACAAAUGGAAGUGGCAGUUGAAGAAGCUGCAAAGUCAAGCUGUAGAAGAAGUAAAUGGCAAUUCAUGGGAGCCAGAGAUGCUGGAGCAAAGGAAGAGCUUCGCCAAGUUUAUGGUGUCUCUGAAAGGACAGAAAGUGAUGGGGCUGCCAAUUUGAUCCAAAAGUUGAGGGCUAUUAAUUAUGCGCUUGGGGAACUUGGUCAGUGGUGUGCAUACAAGGUUGCACAAUCUUUUUUGACAGCUUUGCAAAAUGAUGAGAGGGCAAACUACCAGCUUGAUGUCAAGUUUCAAGAAUCAUACUUGAACAAAGUUGUGUCUCUCUUACAAUGCCAAUUAUCAGAAGGAGCUGUUGCUGACAAGGAUACAAAAGCUACAGAGACAGAGAAUGGCAGUGCCCAAGAAGGAGCUAAUACUGAUGAUAUUGAGGAAGGAGAGCUCCCUGACAGUCAUGUUGUCUCUGGUGGAGAGCAUGUGGAUAGCAUAAUUGGAGCAGCCGUGGCUGAUGGAAAAGUGACGCCAAAAGUUCAGUCAUUGAUUAAGAUCCUUCUCAAAUAUCAGCACACUGAGGAUUUUCGUGCAAUUAUCUUUGUUGAGCGAGUUGUGGCUGCUUUAGUUCUACCCAAGGUUUUUGCUGAGCUUCCAUCUUUAAGUUUUGUCAAGUGUGCAAGUUUGAUUGGGCACAACAAUAGUCAAGAGAUGCGGACAGGCCAAAUGCAGGAUACCAUUGCCAAAUUCCGAGAUGGUCGUGUGACAUUGUUAGUUGCCACUAGUGUUGCUGAGGAAGGGCUUGAUAUACGACAAUGCAAUGUUGUCAUUCGCUUUGACCUUGCAAAAACAGUUUUGGCGUACAUUCAGUCAAGGGGACGUGCAAGAAAACCUGGUUCAGAUUAUAUCUUGAUGAUUGAGAGGGGAAAUUUAUCUCAUGCUGCUUUCUUAAGGAAUGCUCGGAAUAGUGAGGAGACUUUGCGGAAAGAGGCAAUUGAGAGAACUGACCUUAGUCAUCUUAAGGAUACUUCUAGGUUGAUUUCAGUGGACAUGGUACCGGGAACAGUUUACCAAGUGGAAUCAACUGGUGCAAUGGUCAGCCUAAAUUCUGCUGUUGGACUCAUCCACCUAUACUGCUCUCAGCUUCCCAGUGACAGAUAUUCAGUACUCCGUCCUGAGUUUAUCAUGAGAAAGCAUGAGAAGCCUGGAGGUCCAACUGAAUAUUCAUGUAAGAUUCAACUCCCUUGCAAUGCACCAUUUGAAGAGCUUGAAGGUCCUGUAUGUGGUUCAAUGCGUCUUGCACAACAGGCUGCAUGUCUAGAUGCUUGCAAGAUGCUCCAUGAGAUGGGAGCAUUUACGGACAUGCUAUUGCCAGAUAAGGGAAGUGGGGAAGAAGCAGAAAAAUCUGACAGGAAUGAUGAAGGUGACCCGCUUCCUGGGACAGCUAGGCAUAGAGAGUUCUAUCCUGAAGGUGUAGCUAAUGUACUCCAGGGGGAGUGGAUCUUAUGUGGAAGAGAAACUUGUGAUAACUCCAAAUUGCUUCAUUUAUACAUGUACUCCAUCAAAUGCGAAAAUGGUGGUUCUUCAAAAGAUCCAUUCUUAACUAAUGUUUCAGAUUUUGCGGUACUUUUUGGCAAAGAGCUGGAUGCAGAGGUGUUAUCGAUGUCGGUGGAUCUAUUUAUCGCUCGGGCCAUGAUAACAAAGGCAUCUCUUGUCUUCAAGGGAUCAAUAGAUGUUACUGAAAUUCAGCUGGCAUCCCUAAAAAGUUUUCAUGUUAGGUUGAUGAGCAUUGUGCUUGACGUGGAUGUUGAACCUUCCACAACUCCAUGGGAUCCUGCAAAAGCAUAUUUGUUUAUCCCUGUGGUUGGCGAUAAGUCAGUAGAUCCUUUAAAAGAAAUUGACUGGGAUUUGGUUGAACAGAUAACUAAAUCAGAUGCAUGGAGGAAUCCACUUCAGAGAGCUAGACCGGAUGUUUACCUUGGCACAAAUGAGCGAACACUUGGUGGGGACAGAAGGGAGUAUGGGUUUGGGAAAUUGCGGCAUGGUAUGGCCUUUGGACAUAAACCACAUCCUACUUAUGGUAUCAGGGGAGCUGUAGCAAAGUUUGAUGUUGUAAAAGCCUCGGGAUUGGUUCCUAAUCGAGAUGCUACUGAAAUACAAAAAGGAGAUUUGACCAAAGAAAAAUUGGUGAUGGCUGAUGGACCAGCAAGUGCAGAAGAUCUUGUAGGGAGAAUCGUAACAGCUGCUCACUCAGGGAAGAGGUUUUAUGUAGAUUCAAUCCGUUAUGAGAUGACAGCUGAAACCUCAUUUCCAAGGAAAGAGGGCUAUCUUGGUCCUCUUGAGUACAGCACAUAUGCUGAUUACUAUAAGCAGAAGUAUGGCGUUGACUUGAUAUUUAAGCAACAGCCUCUGAUUAGAGGUCGUGGUGUUUCUUAUUGCAAGAAUCUCUUGUCUCCUCGAUUUGAACACUCAGAAGGUGAAUCUGAAGAGACUCUUGAUAAAACUUAUUAUGUAUUUCUCCCUCCUGAGCUAUGUUUUGUGCAUCCACUUCCUGGAUCACUUGUCCGAGGUGCACAGAGGUUACCUUCCAUAAUGAGGAGGGUUGAGAGUAUGUUGCUUGCAAUUGAACUCAACGAUAUAAUAAACUAUCCUGUCCCUGCUUCGAAGAUCUUGGAAGCCUUGACUGCUGCUUCAUGCCAGGAAACAUUUUGCUAUGAAAGGGCAGAGCUUCUUGGCGAUGCUUACUUGAAAUGGGUAGUUAGUCGUUUUCUAUUUCUUAAAUAUCCCCAGAAACAUGAAGGUCAACUGACCAGGAUGAGGCAGCAAAUGGUCAGUAAUAUGGUGUUGUAUCAGUGUGCACUAAACAAAGGACUUCAAUCAUAUAUCCAAGCAGAUCGCUUUGCACCAUGUAGAUGGGCUGCUCCUGGUGUGUUGCCAGUCUUUGAUGAGGACACAAAAGACGGAGAUUCAUCCUUGUUUGAUCAGGAAGAGCCACCUGCUCCAGUCAAUCCCGAAAAAGACCAUGAUUAUGUGUAUGAAGAUGAUGGAAUGGAAGAUGGUGAGAUUGAAAGUGACUCUAGUUCUUAUAGAGUUCUCUCUAGCAAGACAUUGGCAGAUGUUGUUGAAGCAUUGAUUGGAAUAUAUUAUGUUGAAGGCGGGAAGAAUGCUGCUAACCAUCUCAUGAAAUGGAUUGGCAUUCAGGUGGAAUCUGAUCCUGAUGAGAAAGAUUCUGCCCCGAGGCCAGCCAGCAUUCCAGAAAGCAUCCUAAGGAGUGUUGCUUUUGAUUCCCUAGAAGGUGCCUUGAACAUUAACUUUAAAGACCAAAGCCUCUUGGUAGAAGCCAUUACUCAUGCUUCACGCCCAUCUUCUGGAGUGUCCUGCUACCAGCGUUUGGAGUUUGUUGGCGAUGCUGUCUUGGAUCAUCUCAUCACAAGGCACUUGUUUUUCACUUAUACCAAUCUCCCACCAGGUCGAUUGACUGAUUUGAGAGCUGCUGCAGUAAACAAUGAAAAUUUUGCACGUGUUGCUGUAAAACACAAGCUCCAUGUGCACCUUCGGCAUGGCUCAAGCGCCCUUGACAAGCAGAUUCGGGACUUUGUCAAGGAAGUACAAGAUGAGUUGUCAAAGCCAGGGUUCAACUCCUUUGGUUUGGGAGAUUGCAAAGCUCCAAAAGUUCUUGGUGAUAUUGUGGAAUCCAUUGCGGGCGCCAUUUUUCUUGACAGUGGACGGGAUACUAAAGUUGUCUGGAAGGUUUUUCAACCCCUGUUGCAACCAAUGGUCACCCCAGAGACACUGCCAAUGCAUCCUGUGCGGGAGCUACAAGAGCGAUGCCAACAGCAGGCUGAAGGCUUAGAAUACAAAGCGACUAGAAGUGGCAAUUUGGCUACUGUGGAGGUCUAUAUUGAUGGUGUACAGGUAGGAGUUGCUCAGAAUCCCCAAAAGAAAAUGGCACAGAAACUAGCUGCGAGGAAUGCACUUGCUGUUUUGAAAGAGAAGGAAACAGCUGAGUCUAAGGAGAAAUGCGAGGAAAAUGGGAAGAAGAAGAAUGGCACUCAAACAUUUACCAGGCAAACCUUGAAUGAUAUCUGCCUGCGUAGAAAUUGGCCCAUGCCCCAUUACCGGUGUGUACAUGAGGGUGGUCCAGCACAUGCAAAGAGGUUUACUUAUGCUGUUCGAGUGAAUACCAGUGAUAGGGGUUGGACUGACGAAUGUAUUGGAGAGCCAAUGCCUAGUGUAAAGAAGGCCAAGGAUUCAGCUGCAGUACUUCUAUUGGAACUUCUGAACAAACGGUACUCGUAAUGGUCAGUGAGGAUGCUUGUCAGUAUCAGCAAGUGCAUGAUGAGAUUAUAGAUGUUAUAUUAUACCAUAGUGAACAAUUUAAAGCCAUAGUGAACGAUUUAAAGACAAAUGUUAUAUUGUACAUCUUUUUCUGGUUACUUGGAUCCCAUAAUCAAGGUUUACAAUAUUGGUGUUGCUCAUUUUUUUGGAUGCAAGGCAGGUUAUGUACAAACCAGAUAUCUGGACAACCACCUGAGUUUGAUUGUUUUUAUUUCUUUUGAAUUUGAAUAUUUACAUGCUACAUUAAAGAUUUUGAAGAUUU